AUGCCAAAUGUCAUCUCGACGCUGCUCUCCAAGGCGGUGUUCAAUCCGCAAGAAUGGCGAGAUCGGCUGUCCCUCACUGCUACGCCAGGCGCGUCGUCUCAAGCAGGCAGCGCUUGGCCAAAGCACAUCCUCGUCGCGCAGGAGAAGAAGUACAGCAUCAUCCUCUCGUUUUGGGGGAACAGCCCUGAGCGCUCCGUUGCCAUUGAGGGUGGCACCGGCAUGAGCUGGACGCUCGUGCUCGAAGGCGAGCUGGAGGAGCGUGCAGUGAACAUAGGUGCGGAAGGGCCGCAAGUCGUUCGAUCCAGUGUGCUCAAGGAGGAGAGCUGCUCGUUUCUGAGCCGGGAAGAGACUUCCGGUGCCGCCGGUGCUGACAUCAUUGAGCACAGCCACUCCUCCGAGACGCCUUGUGUCUCGCUGCACGUCUACCAUCCUCCGCUGCCGGAGGCAUGGAUGACGGGAUGA